UGCCGGAAGCGGAAGAGGUUCGGUUGCCUUGGAGAGCCCCGGGAGUGCCGGAGCCGUGAAUGGUGGCAGGGUGAGUGUGAUCUUGGCUGGCGGGGAUCGGCUGCGGCCGGGCAGAACCGGAGCUUAGCAGAUUGAAACCAUCCAAACCUUCAACACAGCAGCUACUUCUAAUAUUUGGAAGAGCUUCAGCAUGACUGACACCUCUGAAGCUGUCAAGCAUUUUGAAGAGAUGUUUGCCAGUCGAUUCACAGAAGAGGACAAAGAGUACCAGGAGUACCUGAAGCGGCCCCCGGACACCCCUCCCAUCGUGGAGGAGUGGCACAGCAGAGCAGGCGGAAACCAAAGAAACAGAGGCAAUUGGUUGCACGAUAACAGACAGUUCCGAGGCAGAGAUGGCAGGCGAGGGUGGCCAAGUGACAAUCGAGCCAAUCAGUGGCACAGGCGACCCUGGGGUAACAAUUACCCUCCACAGAGACAGGAACCCCACUACCCCCCCCAGUAUGGACACUAUGCUUACAACCAGCAGGGGCCUCCUUAUGGCUACUACUGAGGGAUGGAAGCAGCUUCUAAUAAAAACAUGGCUUCCUAACA